AUGCCUGCACCCACAGCUUUACGGCAAAAUGCCGAAGUAGAAAUGACAGAGACGCUUGUUGCGCCUACUAUGUCAGAGCAAGAUGAGGAAAUCUUGAUCGACGCCCAAACGUCGGCAGAUCAGGUCUCUGCAGGACUCGCACCUGAGAUUGAGCCCACUCAAGACAGCGAUAUGCGUAUCGACGAAGAGGGACGGCCCCUCUUCACGCCAGCCAAAGACACUAGCAGGGUAUAUCGAGUUGAAAGCAGGAAGGUUCCUGUACCGCCGCAUAGGAUGACUCCAUUGAAGGCUAGCUGGGCACGCAUCUAUCCCCCGCUUGUCGAACACCUCAAACUUCAAGUGCGCAUGAACAUCAAGAAUCGAGCUGUGGAACUACGUACGUCACGAUUCACGACCGAUACGGAAGCCCUGCAGAAGGGCGAGGAUUUCGUCAAAGCUUUUACUCUUGGAUUCGAUGUCGACGACGCUAUCGCACUUCUCAGGUUGGAUGAUCUUUACAUACGUUCAUUUGAGAUUCGGGAUAUCAAAGCUCUCAACGGAGAGCACCUUAGUCGUGCAAUUGGACGUUGUGCUGGUAAAGAUGGGCGAACAAAGUUUGCGAUAGAGAACGCUACUCGGACAAGAAUCGUCAUUGCAGACCAGAAGAUUCACCUGCUAGGCGCAGUGAAGAAUGUCGACUGUGCCCAACAGGCCAUUGUUAGCUUGAUUCUUGGCAGUCCACCGGGCAAAGUGUAUGGGAACCUUCGUAAGGUGGCUUCUCGCAUGAAGGAGCGUUUUUAG